AUGGAGCCUCUCCCUCUGGGCGCACUGCUCGGCACUACCUCGGCGACAAAGCGAAAGGACUUUUGUCACCGCCUGCACACCGACGGCUUCUGCCUUUUGUGGGCUGAGGCCCACAAGGUCGGCGGAUUGGAAGCUGCAGCGAGGCGCUUCUUCUCCCGCGCAGCGCAGGACAAGGAAGCUGCACAAGUGUCCGCUCGCUCAAGCGGGCACGAGCCCCCUGGCUACGUCCGUCUCUACGAUUACGAGCUCCUACAGCUGCGCAGAGGGGAGCAUGGCGGAGGUGUGUCGUGUGCCGAGCUGGCCGUGUUGAUGAACGGGUUCGACUUCUUCCAUUCGACUGGGCUGGCAUUGCUGCAGAUCCUACAACACCACUGGCAGACAGAACCUGUACCCGGCGAGACCACGAACCUUAUGGACCUGGUGACAGGAGGGCCAUCGGCGUCGUUGCUGCGCUUCGUCCACUACGAUCGCGCAGUUCAGCAACGCGCUCCAUUUUCUGAUGCGGAGCCCAGCGAAGGCGACACGAACAGCGAGGAGGUGUUUGAGGAUCACAAAGACUUCGGCCUGCUGACACUGGUGCCCAUUUCACGCGUGCCUGGUCUGCACAUCUGGCAGGCGGGAGCGCUCGGUCACGACGCGCGAUGGAUACCCGUGGAGGAGGUGUACGCACCGCAACGAGCCGACGCUACACGAAACGGCUUCCACCUCCUUGUGUUCUGUGGGGAGACCAUGGACCACGCAACGGCCUCCUACUUCCCCGCCGCACGGCACAAGGUCGUGUUGCGGCCGAGCCAAGGCCCGUGUGGCUCGCUCGGGCGCAUCUCCUCUCCCUUCUUCCUGCGCGCCCUCCCCGACGCCACGGUACCGCGACUCCACGACCGGACCGCGACCUACAGCGUCAGCGAAUUCGAGGCCGACUACGACCAGACCCACUGA